AUGAAUUACCGCGUUUAUAUGUUCAGCAAAGGAAAUAAAACGUGGAAUGAAGCGGGAAAAACCUGUUGCUCAAUCGGAAUGAAGCUCUUGAGUCUGGACGCCGAUUUUAAAUACACUGUCCUAUCUCAAGUGUUAGGUGAAGAUAGCGCUUCUCUCUCCGCGAAAUAUUGGACGUCGGGCACAGACAACGGUUGUCCCGGAGCAUUUGGCUGGUGCGCCUCCAACAGACUGGCCAGAGCGCCGAUUUGGGCUCCAGAGGAGCCUCGGAUCGGCAAUUAUUGCGUAAUUGCCGACGUCACGAGCUCCAGCACCUCGCUCUUUACAUCAGAUUGCGGAGCGACUCUGCGAUUCAUUUGCGAAACUAGGGACACGAGUAACUCCAGGAAUGCAGGAGAUGCAAUAAAGGACGAGUGUGCCUCCAAUUUCAACGUAUCUAUUGCCGAGCAGGACAACAUAUUCAACAGCACUUCCUUCAACGCAAGAAUAAAGUGUUUCUUGAGAUGUUUGGGCGAGUUUGGAGGAAUGGUUGUGAAUGGCCGCAUCGUGGAUGAGCAACUAAUAAAAAUGGCCGAGGCCUUGUCAAAGAAUGAUGAGGCGAAAUUAAUGAAGAAUUUGGAAGCUGUGGACGAGUGCUCCAAUUUAAAGGGAAUGGACGAGUGCGACACGAUUGCAAGCGCCUAUCAGUGUGGACAGGAAAAAGCACCGGAUUUAAUUGCGAACGCGAUCAAAGCGGUGGAGCUGAACAGCACAGGGGAAAGUUCACCUCUGCAACCAAUUUUGGGUCAAUGCGUCACUGAUUUCAAUUGCACAAUGGACGUAAUAAUAUAUUAUUAA